GCCUUGUGCUGGUGAGUCUGCAAAAGCAGGAAAAAGUAUACUUUGAAGGUCUUGUAUGCAUAUCCACAUAUGCAUUGGAUAAAUCAGUGUCCACAGAAGUGUACUACUACUUCCUGCCUUAGUCUCCUUGCUGAUGACUGAUGAAGUAUGCAAAGGCUUUCUCUGACUGGUGAAGGAGUUUUAGGAGUGAGGUGUUUUAAUGAGCCAUUAAACAAAUGAAUGCAAAUAGAUAUAGGUGAAAGCCAGGCACACAUGAAGCUUAGCCUAUGUGUAACUCUCACAGGGAGUCCAGAAAGCCUUUAGUCAGCAGCUCUUCAUUGAAGAGACAAUGCAGAGGACGAUCUUCUCCAUCUUUCUCUUCUCUUUCUCCAACCGUCAUCUCUUGGAGCAUUUCUGCGAGGCAUCUGAGUUCAACCUUGAUGGGGACUACCUGAUCGGAGGCCUCUUCCCCGUUCACUACACACCAGACCCAGGUCAGACAAGACGGCCUGAAGCUGUGACAAGCUGCCUCGAAAAACCCAUAUACUUGCGAGGCUAUCGGGGGCUUCAGGUGAUGAGGUUUACUAUUGAGGAGAUCAACAACUCCAGCACCCUCCUGCCUAACAUAACCCUUGGUUACCAUAUCAUUGAUCACUGCACCGAUACUCACAAUUUCCCGGACAUCCUCCAUUUAUUCUCUGCUAACGGCUCUGCGAAAGUCAUGCAGAUUUUUAACCACUACCACUCUCAAGUUAUCAGCUUCAUUGGUGCCUUCAGUAGCACUGAAACUAUAACUCUGGCUCCAAUGUUCAUGACGGACCUGAUUCCAAUGGUCAGUUAUGGAGCCAGCAGUUCUACUCUCAGUGAUAAACUGGUGUAUCCAUCCUUCAUAAGGACCACGCCUAGCAAUAAAAAUCAGAUUGAACUCAUCAUUCACAUCAUUAAGCAUUUUGGUUGGAACUGGGUGGCGUUCAUUGGCUCCAAAUCUGAAUACAGUGAGAAUGGCUUUCAGAUGUUUUUUGAAAUGAUUAAAAACACAGACAUCUGCCUGGGUUACCAAGAGCUACUCGACGACAUAACAGAGUUGAACACAACAUUUCAUAGAAUAGACACACUCCAGAUUAAUGUCAUCAUCCUUUUCAUUGAGGAACUCUUUGCUCAGAAAAUUAUCACCUCCUCAGUACAACUAAAUGUUCCCAAUAAAGUCUGGAUUGCUAGUGAUUCCUGGUCCAUGAGCAACCACUUGCUCAGACUCCAGGGAAUACAAACAAUCGGCACUAUUAUUGGUGUGACACCAAAAGUUGUGCCUCUACCUGGCUUUAAUGAGUUCAUUUACCAGUCACAACACAGAGCUGAUUCUGUCCAUAGCGCUGAAGACUUCUGCAACCAGGCCUGUGAUAACUGUUCCUCAGUCACCCCAGAGGAUGUCAUCAAUGAAAACCCCAGCUACAAUUUCCCUAUUUAUUCUGCUGUGUACACCAUUGCGAUGGCUUUACACAACGUUCUACAGUGCAACCACUCAGGAUGCAACUACAGUUGCACAGUCUACCCCUACAUGCUUCUACAGGAAAUCAAACACUUGCAGUUCCACCUGAAUGAGUUUUUCAUAUCUUUUGACAAGAAUUUGGACCCACCUGCACGUUACUCUAUUGUGUUCUGGCACACCAGUAAUCACUCUGUAAAGAUUAAGCAGAUUGGCACAUACAGCAACUAUCCUGUGUCAAAUCUGACUAUUUUCGACACACAUCUACAUUGGCAUGACAGUGGACUGGUGCCAUUCUCCAACUGCUCUGCUGAGUGUAAGCCAGGACAUGUGCGGCAGAAGAAUGGUCUUCAUCAAUGCUGUUUCAUUUGUGUGGAAUGCCCCAGUAACAAAUAUGCCAACCAUACAGCUGACCUCUACUCUUGUCUGAAGUGUGACCAGUAUGAGUGGUCUGAGGCUGGAAGCACGUCAUGCCAGACACGUUCCAUGGAAUACCUCCGUUUCUCUGAUAGCUACUCCAUUGUCCUCAUGGUCUUUGCAUCCUCCUUCAUGCUCCUGUGUCUGGGGGUGGCCGUGCUGUUUGCCAUGCACCGCUCCACGCCUGUAGUGCGGUCAGCAGGGGGCAGUACGUGCUUCCUGAUGCUGGGCUGCCUCGCCGCUUCCGCCACCAGCGUCUUCUUCUACUUCAGCGAGAUGUCAAUCUUCAGCUGCAUAACUAGAGACUUAGUAUUUGUCUUCUUCUACACCGUGUGCUUGUCCUGCCUUUUUAUCCGCUCCUUCCAGAUCAUCUGCAUUUUCAAGAUGGCCACCCACCUGCCCAAAGCGCACGCAUGGUGGGUGAAGCACAACGGCCAGUGGUUGGUGGUGGCUGCCCUCUCUCACCUCCAGCUCCUGCUCUGUACCGUCUGGAUGGCCACCAGUCCCCCUUUGCCAGGAGAGGACACAUCAUUCAAAGACCAGAUUGUCCUGAAAUGUAAUGCCAAAUCAUCUCAUGUCAUCUCAUAUGUCCCUCUCAGUUUCAUGGUAAUCCUCAGUGGUCUCUGUUUCUGCUUCUCAUACAUGGGAACAGACCUGCCCAAGAACUAUAAUGAGGCCAAAGCCAUCACUUUCAGCAUGUUGCUGUUUUAUCUGAGCGGGGCCAUUUUCCUUACAGCUGACCUGAUAUCUAGCACCAAGUAUGUGCAGGUGGUGAAGAUCGUGGUUAAGCUGACCUGUUUGUAUGGCAUUAUGUUCAGUUACUUCAUCCCAAAGUCUUUUAUCAUUGUCUUUCAGCCUGCAAAGAACACACAGGAGUAUUUCCAAGCCAGCAUUCAGAGUUACACACAAACUAUAAGUAAAAUGUAGGUCAUUUAAUUGCUACAUAUUUUAUAAUUGUGAAAUGGCUUAUUUGAAAUUUUUAGUGGUUUUUGUACCGAGUAGUAUCUGUCAAAUAUUCUAGCAGAACACUUUAGGACCUUUUAGUUGUUACCAAAGUCUAAUGACUAUUAACAGUUUUACUCCUUGCAGUAUUGCAGGAAGAUCUAACAUCAUAUGAAAGCCUGUAGGAAACAACAAAGCAAAGCAAACAGCUAGCUAAAAUGUUAGACAUAAUGCAACAACUUCUCAUCGCAUUUACUGUAUGGUCAUAUCAAGUUAUUAAAUGCUUACUAGACCACUUACAAGCCCAAAAGUUUCUUGUUUCCAGCUAGUUUGGAUUCUUUUUUCAACAUGAAUUGAACACAGUAGCAUUUUCCCUUACCUUGAGACAAAUCUAGUUUGCUAAGGUCAAAAUGUAGUGUGCCUUCUCUCUGAUAUAAAUAAAUAUAUGUAAAUCUC